AUGGCGUCUUCUCUUUCUGGCUCCCUGGACGAACUUGAGCAACGCCUUGAAGAUCGUCUCACUCACCUCAAUGUAAUGCUGUCAUGGAUGAGAUUCUCACGUUGUUGCGUCUUCAAGCAGAUCAAGCUUCCCCAAUGUCAAACAUCUGGCAAGGCUCUAACAACAAUCGUCCCACUGCUCCAAACAUUUACGGCAGCCGCAUUUCAUAUCAGGUUGGAUAUGACGAGGUUCAUUUUUGUUGUAGAGUUUCCUCGUUUCAAUGGGAAAAACGUCCGUGACUGGCUUUACAAAUGUGACUAA